AUGAAAACUUUCAAUAAUGGUGAUGAGUUCAAAGAUCAGUUGCUAAGGUAUGUGUUGAAGACACAGUUUGAUGUCAAACUUAAUAGAUGGGAGUCAACAAAACAAGCAGCUGUGUGCACCCAUGAGAAUUGUAAAUGGAGGAUAUAUUGUUCAGUUGAGAAACCAAUCCUCAAGUGGAUGGUUAAUGUAUAUGAAGACAUCCAUUGCCAUUUGCCAACAGGAAGAGUUCGGAUGCCGAAACAAGGUACUAUCGCGAAACUGUUCAAAGAAGAAGCUAGAAGACGACCUGAAAUAAGAAGUACAGAUAUCAAAGAUGAGUUGAUGUACCAGUACAAUGUCUCAGUUUCGAUAUAUAAGUGCAAAAAAACAAGAAGGAUUGCAUUAGACAUGGUGCUGGAAACACAGAAACAACAAUUUGCAAAGCUAUGGGAUUAUGAAGCCGAGUUAAAAAGAACUUGGAAGAAAUAUUGUCGCCCUUUGAUAGGACUAGAUGGGGCUUUUUCUCGGUUAGAAUUAAAAGGAGAGAUAUUAGCAGCUGUAGGGAGAAAUGCAGAAAAUAGGAUUUAUCCUAUAGCUUGGGCUGUAGCUAGAGGAGAGAACAAAGAGUCAUGGGAGUGGUUUGUUAAUAAGUUGCAAGCGGACUUGGGAUUGCGUUCAGGAACUGGCUUUACUUUCAUUUCAGACAGACAAAAGGGUUUGGAAAUAGCUCUAGCAACAGUUCUCCCAAACGCAGAACAUAGGAAUUGUGCUAGACAUGUGUACGCUAAUUGGAGGAAGACUUACAGCAGUGAAGAAUAUAGACCUUUCUUUUGGAGGGUGGCUUACAGUCGAACAAUUCCAGAAUUUGAUUCAAGGAUGGAUGAGUUGCGUGUAUUUGAUAGAGAAGCACAUGACGACUUGAAGGCAGCUAAUCCUAACACUUUGAGCUAUGUUGAUUAUUACUACAAGACUCUGGUUUGGAUAGAGACUUUCAGAGACAACAUUAAACCAGUAAAUGGAGAAACAUUUUGGCAGAAGACUGGUAAAGACCCCAUUGGAGUUCCAGGGUUUAGGAAAAUGCUCGGACGUCCUAAGAAAAAGAGGAUUAAAGCAGCACAUGAGUCACCUUCAAGACCCUAUCGAGUGACUCGUGAUGGCAGAACAGUGACAUGUGGUAAUUGCCAACAGAUUGGACAUAACCGAAUCACUUGUAAGAAUGCAGCUCAUGUGGUUCAAGGUCCAAAACGUAAACGUGGAAGACCUUUUAAAUUGUUUGGGGAAGGAGAAACAAAUCCAAAACGACCAAAGAGACAAAAGAAAACACAAUCCGAACCUUCCAUCAACGCACCUGAUGUUACAUCUUCAUGUCCUGAGGCAUCGACAAUACCAUCUUCUUCAACUGCAACAGAUGCAGCAGCAGGGCCACCUUCAACACGUCGUGGCCGUGGACGUCCUCCUGGACGAGGACAAGCACGUAGAGAGGUUUUUCCAAGGGGGCAUGGAGUCUACAUAAGUCCAUUUACUGAUAGAGUAUUUGAAGUUUAUGGAGACCGUUCAAGAGUUAUAGGGUCUGCUUCUAAGGAAUGA